AAUAAAAGUUUCUCCCACUUAUGCGUUUACAUGUUCUGAGAUUUAGGAUGUUAGAAGCAGCUUUCAGUGCUAUCUCUUUCUGUACUAAUAGUAUGCAUUCAUACAUUUCGUGCAGGAAAGUAACGAAGCCUCCGAUCAACGCAAGACCCCGAGGAAACCCGCGGGUUGAGCACAGGCUUUAAUCUAUAACCGUGUCUUGGCAGACAAUGCAAACAUGCCGAUAGGCCUGAUUUAUGGUCACGAAAAAGUGCCGCGGGUUCAGGUCAUUUGCCAAGGAAAGCUUUUAUCUG